AUGAAAGAAUUUGUAAUGGUAGGAGGCUUUAGAGUUUCAAGUCCAACCUUCUUGUAAAUGUGGAAUGUUCCAAGCUCUUAUCAAUGUCCUUGUUAAAUGCAAAUCAUUCUCCGAAUUAAAGCAAAUCCAUGCACUUGUAAUAACGUUUGGUCUCCGCCAUGAUUCCCCAAUUUCAUCAAAACUUCUCUCUCUCGCUGCUCUCUCCGGCGCCGGCAACAUCGAUUAUGCCUACCGCCUAUUCUCCACCCUACCCGCCCCUCGAGUCUUUGAUUGGAACACCGUUAUUCGAGGUUACUCCAUCAGCAAAAAUCCUAACAAAUCAUUUUCAGUUUUCAUCAAAAUGCUGAGAGCUGGGGUCUUCCCUGAUUAUUUAACAUACCCUUUUCUCGCCAAGGCAUCUGCUCGUCUUUUGAAGCCGGAACUUGGUGGUGCGAUUCAUGGCCACGCGUUGAAAAAUGGGUUCCAGUUAGAUAAGUUCAUAAACAAUUCUUUGAUCCAUAUGUAUUCUUCCUGCCAUGACAUAGUUUACGCCCGUCGGGUGUUUGAUGAAAUGCCGAUGAAGAAUAUUGUUUCGUGGAACGCUAUGUUGGAUGGUUACGCCAAGUGUGGGGAUAUGGCUUCUGCGCGUCAAGUUUUCGAUUUGAUGCCUCAAAGGGACGUUGUUUCUUGGAGCUGUUUGAUCGAUGGGUAUGUUAAGAACGGGGAUCAUAAGGAGGCCUUGGCAAUCUUUGCAGAAAUGCUAGUGUUGGGUCCCAAAGCUAAUGAGGUAACUAUGGUGAGUGUGUUGUGUGCUUGUGCACAUUUGGGUGCGCUUGAUCAAGGAAGGUCAAUGCAUUGUUAUGUGAUGGACAAUGGGUUACAAAUGACUUUGGUUUUGCGUACUUCUCUUGUUGAUAUGUAUGCUAAAUGUGGAGCAAUAGAAGAAGCUUUAUACGUCUUUCGUGGGGUUUCUAAUGGUAAGGCCGAUGUGUUGUUCUGGAAUGCUAUGAUUGGAGGGCUUGCAAUUCAUGGUUUGGUUAAUGAAUCUCUUGAAUUGUUUAUUGAAAUGCAAAUAGCUGGGAUUCUCCCUGAUGAGAUCACCUACCUGUGCUUGUUAAGUGCUUGUGCACAUGGUGGAUUAGUGAAGGAAGCUUGGUACUUCUUUGAGUGUCUUGGCAAACACGGUAUGACUCCUAAGAGUGAACAUUACGCUUGCAUGGUGGACGUUCUAGCUCGAGCAGGGCAGGUAGCAGAAGCAUACCAAUUUCUAUGUGAAAUGCCCGUAGAGCCGAGCUCGUCAUUGCUCGGUGCUCUGUUAAAUGGGUGCUUAAUAUAUGGAAAAUCUGAUCUUGCAGAAAUAGUAGGAAGGAAACUAAUCGAAUUAGACCCAGAUCACGAUGGUAGAUAUAUCGGCUUAUCUAACAUUUAUGCGGCUGUCAAGCGAUGGAAAGAAGCAAGAACAAUGAGAGAGGCCAUGGAAAGAAGGGGAGUGAAGAAGUCUGCUGGGUUCAGUUGUGUGGAAAUCUCUGGAACUCUUUAUAGUUUUAUAGCUCACGAUGAAACACAUCCUAAUUCAAAACAAAUUUAUGAAAUACUAGAAUUUAUUGUAAGCCAAAUGAAACUUGAUGUUCAUAAGGAUAUUCAAGAAUAUCCUUCUUUAUGAAAUGAAUUGUGGUUGAGUGCAA